AUGCAAGCUGGGGAGGAGUGUGCAGAAGAUCCGGCCCCUGACCGCUCCUUCGUCCCGGCUCCUGCUCUUCACAGGCCGGCUCCUUCAAAGGAUGCUUGGCGCGCUCAGCCGGUGACCGACGGACAAGCCUUGCUCCUGAAGUCGAAGUUGGAGGAGCUCUACAUGGAGCAGCGUUUUGGCAAGGAGCUCUAUAUGGAACAGCGUUUUGGACGUCUCAGUCUUCGUGCAAGCCCCAGCCACGAGAACUUGACAACUCCGCUGGCCGGGUCACACCGGCCCUUCCGCACAAGCAGAGCCCCAGAUGGAGUGGCUGGUGCUAAACAGGGGGAAGAACUCUUCUAUCUGACCAGUGAAGCUGUUGCCCUGCCCGACGCCUCGCCAGCCGCUAUGCAGCACAGGCCUGAGACUGCGCGCAGCUCCAAGAGCGCUACAGUGACGAGGUCUUCGCCAGCCAUGUCCCGACCGUCGUCCUCCCCGUCCCGACCGCGAUCUGCGGGACCAGGAAUGAGGUUGCAGCCGCGACCGACUGGCGAGACGAGAAGCCCAGGCAGAGCUUCCGUGGAUGCUUCUGGGGCCGCAAGACCUGCCACACGGACGAUCUUUGGGCGGCACCUCGGCCAGCGCUGGCGUGUGCUGCCGCCCAAGCAUGUGAGGCCUCAUCAUGGCAACCUUCCUUCCGUCUUGGUCAUGGCGAAGGGCCAGAGACAGGGGCACUGA